UAAAGUUUGUUCUUGAACUUACCUAGUUUCGGAAUAUUGGAACAUUGUGUUGACUUGUUUGUUCGCACUCACCAUAGUUUCGCCAUUAAACGAUGAGUGAGGAAAUCGAUGUGUCUAAGUUGAAAGUACCGGAGCUGAGAGCCGAGUUAGGUAGGCGAGGUCUCAAUACCUUCGGAACAAAGCAAAUUUUAAUGGAUCGCCUAAAUGAAGCUCUCAAAACGGCAUCUCCUAAUUCUGACAAAAAGCAACCAGCAGACCCUGAAGAACAACCACACUUGGCGUCUGCCAAUCUGUCAAGGCAACCGAGUCAGAACUCGGGGCGUGAUGUGCUGGAUUCAAGUCCUAAAGUGUCUCCACAACGUGGGUGUGAGAAUGGGUUAGCGAAUGAAAAGGAUAGUAGUCCAGGUGAUCAACAUCAAAAACCAGAACAAGAAAACCUCAAACGUAGGCGCUCACCAUCACACUCUCCCCGUCGCAGAUCUAGGUCGCGAGACAGGGACUCUCGCAGGUCACCCCGUAGACGUUCCAGAUCCCCACAGGUCAAAUCAAGGAUGGUUCCGGAACCAGAUAAUUGGGAAGAAAGCGCAUCUGUCUUCCUAGACACCUACAAUUGUGAUUUGAAUCUCUUGAUCGAUGCUACUAGCUCUCAGGCUAAGCCUCUGACUGAGGGUGGUUUCUCACUGAUGUGGGCUGGAGUAAGAGCAAACUACGGCUCAGUAUCUGGGAGGUCAUUUUUCGAAGUACGAGUAGUAAAAAAUCUCCCGGUGGAGAACUAUGAUAGUUUGGUCGGUGGGGCAACUCACGUACUACGAGUGGGCUGGUCUACAGAAGACACCGACUUCACUCUUGGUGAAGAGCCUCAAUCUUUUGGCUAUGGGGGCACGGGAAAAAAGUCUACAAACAAUAAGUUUACUGACUAUGGUUGUACAUUUGGAGAAGGUGAUAUCGUUGGUGCUUUCAUCGAAUGGACAAGUGUUGAAGCUUUGUUAAGGUUUAGUGUCAAUGGUGUGGACCAAGGGGAGUGCUUCCGUGUUCAAAAGUCGCAGUUAGGAGAACAUUCUGCUUUAUUUCCGCACGUGUACGUAAAGAACGUUGAGUUUGCCUGCAACUUCGGUCAAGAAAACCAGUCUCCUUGGUUUAGUCCUAAUAUCCCGUCCGACGAUCCUUUGUCUUGGCAACAAAUAAACUGUUUACCCCUAUCUUGUCGCGUGCAUGGUCGCUGCCCACCUCAAUCAAAGUCUGAGUGUGAAGUGAUCAUGAUGGUAGGACUACCGGGAGCAGGAAAAACGUAUUUUGCUGAGCAACAGAAAACAGAGCAUCGUGAGAAGCAAUAUAAUAUACUGGGAACUAACCUUAUUUUAGAUAAAAUGAAAGUAAUGGGCAUUGCACGACAACGUAAUUAUCACGGAAGAUGGGAUGUUUUGAUUGACAAAGCAACGAAGUGUUUGAAUACACUUAUUAGUAUGGCGUGUAUGCGCCGUCGUAAUUACAUUUUGGAUCAGACAAAUGUGUACCCGUCAGCACAGCGCCGUAAAAUGCGUCCAUUUGAAGGUUUCAAGCGAAAGGCCAUUGUUAUCGUUCCUACUGACGAAGAAUUCAGGCGGCGAAUUGCCCAACGGGAAAAAGAGGAGGGCAAAGAAGUGCCUGAAACUGCAGUUCUCGAGAUGAAAGCAAAUUUUGGAAUUCCUAGACCUGUAUCUGAAGAUCCCUCUAGCGUUUUUGAUGAGGUUAUCUUUACCGAACUUGGUCUAGAUGAUGCAAAAGUUCUAGUUACUCAAUACAAUCAAGAAGGACAAGCGAACAGGCAACCACCAGAAAAGCGCCAGCGUUGGGACGGUGGAAAUCGUGACCGGGAUGACUCACGGAAUUCACGUUUCCGCGGGCGGGAUAGCCGAGAUCGUGGUCGUGACAUGCCACGUGGACGACGAGAUGAUUUUCGAAGCUCUCCAAACCGCCGAAAUGAUGAUCGUGGUCGCCGUGACUACAGAGGCGGUUACAAUGCUUCACGUGAUCGUAGUCGUGAGGGAGAUCGCUUCGAUCGAAAUAGCGACCGAGAGUCAUUUGGUCGUCAGCCCAGUGGAAGGUAUGGUGGUGGUCCUCCUGGUGGUCGUUUCGGGCCUCCGAAUCGUGGACCGUUUCCAAGUGGGAUGUCUGGCCCGGGUGGAUUUGGAGGUUUCGACAACUCCCGCGGAGGCAUGAUGAGGAGCGGCCCUGCAAGAGGCGGUUUCCCUGCACCGAAUUUUGAUUCGCGUGCUGGGCGUGGUGCCUAUCGUGGUUCAAUGGACCGAGGUAACCCAGGUUAUGGUGGGCCAAAUGACACUAUGUAUAAUCGCUUUGAUGGUAAUGCAGGUGAUGCAGAGCCAAUUGGCAAUGCCUAUGAUAUGAACGAAGUCUCACUUUCUCAGCCGCCGUAUGAGGGUGGCCCAAUGAGUGGAGGCUUUAGAGGAGGGUACGGAGGUGGUGGUCGCGGUGUCCAAAUGCAGGGAUCUCGCGGAGCCCCCGGUCGCGGUGGGACGUCUAUGGGACGUGGAGCAAUCGCCCCAGGACGCGCAGCUAAUACUGACAGGGGUGUUGAUCGUAGUCAACUGGGUCGUAACGCACCCGUUUCCGGUCGUGGCGGUGCUCAGCCUGAUCGUGAUAUGAUUGGCGGAUUUCCCGACGAUAGCCAACAGUAUAAUAUGUACGGUGGUGCGGAAGGUUAUCAAAAUCCAGCUGAGGAGCAAUAUCCGGGGCCACCAAAUGAUGAUUAUCGAAACAGACGUUUUGGCGGACCAGGUCCCUACAACGCAAACGCAUUGCAAAAGCCCUCUGGUGGUAGUUAUUCUGCCUAUCAAAGAGGCAAUCCUCCGUUCUCAGGUGGUCCAGCAGGAUAUCCAAAUGCGCCUGGUGGUGGUUACAAUCGAGGGAGUCUCCCUUCAUAUGGGAAUCCUAAUUCUGCUUCUAAUUAUCCCAACUCAUAUACUGGUGAUCAGGGUAAUUUCACAAACCCUAGCUCAGAUCCUUACAGUGGAGGUAUGGCGUCAGACAGAUCUGGGAGACCUGGAAUGCAACAAAAUUCAGGCGGUCCUUUCGGAGGAUCUCACGCCUAUGGUACCAGUGAUCCUGAUAAAACAGCCAUGUCACAGAAUGAACAUUCAAGUACAGAUAGUUCUAGCUUGUAUGCAUCUGGUGCUGCUCGCUAUUCCGACAACCACCCCUCUGCUACCAAUAUCCCUCCCGGUCCUAGACAAUCACGUUUUGAUACCAAACCAGAAACCAAUACUACUUCACAGACAAGUGCAUAUAAUAGCUAUGCUUUGGGAUCCAGUUAUCCAGGCGGAUUUACUUCAAAUGGUAAUCAAAAAGCAACUAUUCAACCAUCUAAUCCUCCUGGGGGUCCGAGGUCUGGCCGCAGUCGGUUUGAUGUUGGACCGCCUGCUUCACAACCGAUCCCUCCAGCUGCACCCGUACAGAGCACUACGUAUAAUCCACCAUCACAAUCAGUUAAUCGACCGCAACCUCAAGUUCAACAAACCGCAACAUCAACCCAGCAAGCUCAACCGCAAAGUUACGGGUAUGGUUAUUCUACUCAGAAUGCAAAACCGGAUGGAAGUAGUAAUCAAAACGCCCCUCCUGUUAGUCAAUCUUAUGGUGCUUACAACUAUGGAUACGGAUACGGUACGUACGGGUCGCAAACUGCUCAGCCAUCUGCAACCGUUAGUCGAUGUGCACCCACAACUGGUACCACCCAGCAGUCACUAUAUGCCUCAGCUGUUGCUGACAAACCUCAACUAACUCAACAGACAGCCGCGCCAGCAGUUUCUUCCGCCACCACCACUACUGCCACAUCUGACCAUUCGACACCGGCUGCAGCAGCUUAUGCCUCCUAUUACUAUGGUGCUCCCCAAAGUGCUACUGGAAGUACUCAAGGAGCUGGGAAGUACGAUGCAGCGAUGGCUGCUGCACAACAGUUUAACGCGUGGCAACAACAGCAGCAACCUUCGGCUGUGUCUGGCAGUGUAUCCAGCAGCGUCCCAAGUGCUCCAACCGCAACAGUGACACCAACCGCAAAUCCUUAUGCAAGCUAUUACCCUGGGUAUUCUACUUAUCCUUCUGGGUAUGGUACUAUCCCAGUUGGCGGAGCUCCUCCAGGUGGGGUCCCAACUGCUGCCGCUCCGCCAGCAAUGAGUCAAUAUUACACCGGUUAUCGCUAAAAUUGAUUUAUGAACUUAAUUUCUCGUAAUACAUCUAGUUAAACUCUAAUUUGUUUCACAUUUCCAUUGUGCUAUCAUUUUGUCUCACUCGUCCUGUCCAUUAUGCACAAGUGUUACAAAUCAAUCAUUAAAAACUUCUUUAUUAUAUAACAAUGGGUUUCGUACAAGUUCAUUUGGCUGCAAGUAUAUAAGCUAAAUACUUAUAUCUGUUCUCCAAGCGAGUUCCUUCCAUGUAAGAAGCUUGCGUGAUGUCUGAUCGGAAACACGGUCCCUUGGUUCUGCAUCAAUCUCGCUGUUCCAUUUUUCACGAUAUCUUUCCCACCGUGCGUCAUCUGCAUUCGCAGUAAGAAACCGACUUUCAUUUGAGAUUGUGGCUUCCAACCGACGUAAGUCGCACCAACAUAUGUAGUCCUGUCAAAAGGAUAAAGCUCAGUUUUAAAAAUCAAAUAAUUCUAUUUUAGCUAGCGAGUACUUCCAUACCUCCUUAAAUUAUAUCGCUUUUAGUUGCGUAUUUCAUGAGCUUACCUGCAUCCAAAUGUGGUUAAGACUUCUCUCAACGGAGAAUCGGUUUCGCAAACGUACCUGCAGCAAAUGUGUUAUUAAGUGUAUAGCUUAUGAGGAUACAUAUAUUUCCCAAAGUGAGUCUUACCGUCUUCCGAUAUGUUAUCCCACGGGUCACUUGGAUACAUAAACUCAGCAUUUUCUAUCUGUUCGGCUAUAUCUUCCUCUUCAUUAAACGGAAAUGUCCCACUAAGACUGCCAAUUCCAAGCACGUUAACUAGAUUCAACAUAAUCUGAUUUACCUUACAUAAAGUAUCACUCCAACAGACCACAUAUCGAUCCCUCGGUUGUAUCCACGGUUUUUCAGUACUUCAGGAGCUGAAAUGGAAAGUGGAGUGUUGUUACGUCAUCUGUGAUCUUUUCACACAUCUCUAGGGCUGUGUUUGUUACGACUUAUAAGUUCUAAACUCACCUAGGUAGGCAGGUGUACCAACCAGCGACCGCCUGAAGGACUUAUCGCCUAUAAUCCUUGCGAAUCCAAAGUCGCACAGCUUGAUCUGGGGAAACUGUUGAGCUACACUCUGUGAAUAGAAAAAAUGGGGUGGGAGUUAAGUUUGAAGGAGAGUAAUUCCCUGCUCUUGAUAUUUGGUAAUCUUAUCCGGCUGCACAUAAACACGUGAUGGCGGUCUGUUCUUUCUGUGUAAUGAAGCCACUUGGCAUUUGUCCUGCUUCUGAAAACGCGUGAGUGGCUGUAUUAUUCACGGUUUGUCUAAUCGACUGCGCACCACCGUGACGUAGGUUUUGUUUAUGUUGCCAUUUUUUAAUGGCGUAAAUGCUAUCCCGGGUUCCUAACCUAUCUUACCUGAGAAACUUCCGGCAGCCCCAUAUUAUUUACAUCUGCGUUGGGUGGUAUAGCCAAAAGGACAUUUUCUGGCUUUAGGUCACAAUGUACUAUGCUUCGCAGGUGGAGAUAUCGCAGAGCAACUAGUAUUUGUGUUGCCAGGUAUUUCGUAACUCGUUCUGUCAGUCGACCUUGUGGCGAUCCAAGGAUCAUUUCCAGCAUGUCACCUGCUAGUUUUUCCAUUACCACAAAUACCUGAAGAAAAAACGUCCAAACAUAGACUCCGUCAGUAAAUUGAUUACGAUAAGUUAAUCAAAUUAGACUUUCUUUAUACAGUACAUAAAAGUAGUGUCUAUCUGUGAAAUUCAUUUGGCUCCAAUUCUAAAUACUAAAUAAGAAACCUACUACGUUCUGUCUUAACUGUCUGCUAAAUUUAUCUGCUUCUCUGUCUAGUCAUGUGAGUAUUGAACCGAACAACGCAGUUCAUUUUCUGUAAGUACUCGGAAAGUGUUUGUUAACAGUAAUGUUUUUCAGUAUACUUUUACUUCAACCUAUAGGAUUCCUGAAUUCUUAGUACUUAGUUUUACAAAUUCAUUAAAUGUAUACUCACUGUAGAAAUAUCAGUCGAUCAAAUGAGACCGUACGGGUUGUGCAAAGAGACAUCAUGUUAGGAGCCAAAAUUUUAUUGUAAGUGUUGUCAUUAUUGUCUGUGGUGUUUAUCCGUUAACAUGUAGUUCAUACUGCGUACUCAUAUGCAGAACUUAUAACCAUGAUAGGAUAUUCCCAUGGUUACCCUUUCUUUAGUUUCGAUUGCUCAUCUUAUUCACAUGACUACAUAUCGAGAUUUUCACACAGUGCACAUAAGAUUAUUGUUUCGGUACACGAGGUACACAUAUGUAUCUGUUAGGGACUUUUGUCACAAAAGCACUCAAAAUUUCGCUAACUUACGCGCUUUGGUGUUUCAAACAUCCUUUCAAGAUUUACUACUCCCGGGUGAUUAAGAUUCUACAAAACAACAAUUAAUAAAACGUUUAGCAUCCUAUAACAUGUGAUUAAAUUUAGAGAAAAGCGAAAUCAUAAAUAAAGAUUAACUGCUUCAGGACGUCACGAGUAUCGAAGCCGAAUAUGGAUUGUCUGUAUGUCUUGACAAAUUUAGAUAACUACCGGAAAGCCGCUGUGCUCGUAUUUUGUCUUAGCGUUGGGACCAAUGGCAGUAGGUACUGACGACAAUAAGAACUCAACACGAACUUCGUGAUAAAUACGUUGUUCGAAACCAGUGAUUUGUAUUUUUACCUCAGUUUGUGAUAUUCCGCACCUACCAUCGAUGAUAUUUGUUUCACGCCUGUUAUGGUUGAGUUCAGUCAGCUUAUCACUGACAGCUCACACAUUUCCUCAUGAAUAACUCGGUGUUCUUCAUUUCGAGGUUUACAUCACUGGCCGUUACAUGAAAAAAUUAAAUUAUGUUCAUUAAAAACUUGGAAUCACUGGAUAGAUGUUUUGUCCUAUACGUCCAUAUAAAUAUUUUUUGAGUAAUUUUGUCACUCUACUAACGACUUGACGUGGUCAGCCAAAAAUUAAGAAGUCAAAUAACCAGGAAAAGAAAUCAUUCAUGCUAUGUUUUUGGAAGCGAUAUCGUUCGGUUUAUAAGAUAUACUAUUUUGUAAUCGGGAAAAAAAUAAUUCAUAUCAGUAACUGGGUUAUUCCCAAUUGUGAUGCAAAUAAUGUCGUGAUAAAUGAAAAAAAUGUAGUAAGGUCAACACUAUUUUUUCGAUCAUUUUGGUAGUGAACAGUGAGCAUUCAUCUGGUUCGAAUUUCACUGUACUUCGAUUGGGAUGGCUGUUAGUGUCCGUCAAAUUCCUUAUGACAAAUGUUACUCUAAGCCAGCUUUUAUGUAUUCGCACUUUUAACCUCUUGGUCAAUAACAGAUGUAUUUUGCUUAAACCAAUAUUUGUGUUACUUUCACAGUUAAUUGUUGCAAAAAUGGGCUUAGUUACUAAUUGGUAUUGAGUUGAUCGUAUAGUUAUUCAUUUGCCAUUGACAGACUAACCUUAAUGUUAAUUUUGAGAAUAUUAUACUGUACGGAAUGGAUUUUCAAAUGUUUUUAUUUAUAGAAAAAAAUAUUUGCAAUCUGUAAGGUACUGGAUAAUUUUAGAAAUGUUAUCAUUCCCUUAAAUUGUUAAUUGAAACUAUAGUCAUUUCACAAUGAAUGUUACGUUGAACCAUUAACAUGGUGAUCAAUCUGUAGAUUAUCAGAUUUUAAAUUGUAAUUACGCUACUGAAAAUAGUGUAUCCUAUUUUUUAACAAUGCAGAUUGAGGAUAUAUAUAUAUAAGUUGUGAGAGUACUUAUCCAGAAUUUUUAUCUCCAUAAUUGACACAUGUUAUGUAAGUUGUAACAAUAUAAGUUGAAAAGAGCAUUUAAAACGUUAGACGUUUUACUCAUCUGCUGUUAUAUACCAUUGUUACUAUACUGAUAAUUAUGAAUAUUCCCCCAAAGUUAUUCCUAUCAGAAGAUUUCCCGACACGUUAGUAACUGUAAAUCUGUUCUACCUACCUACCUAAAAAUGUGAUGAAACAUUUUUUCUUUAUUGAUUUAGUGAAAUACUGAAUCAAUUUAGUUCAGUGUUGAUAUAAUGGGAAAGAUCUUAAUUCGUUGUAGAUUAAACGACUCACAAAAUUGAUAUCCGUUCGUUUUUACAAUAUUUAAUCAUACGUAUUUUGUUUUCUAGAUAAAUAUUUAUUACACAGAAAACCCGUUUUUAACUUAACAGCUAUUUUGUCUUUUGAUAUCAGUUUAUUGAGAAUAUGCGUGUUGUGAGCGACUAUCAAUCGAUCAAAUAGUAUCGUUGGAUAUUAUCUAUCAAGAGUGAUUCAGUCCAUCCAUUCAUUUCUACUAUUAUAAACCUCAUUCAAAUCAUGAAGUUUUAAUGCAUAAUAAAUAUAGUUUUUUUCAUGCUUGUCAC